AGACACAGGAUCAAAUUCCCUUCUAUCAUGUUGCCUCGUCGAAGCUGCGCUAGCUGUUGGCUUUUCUUUUUUUUUUUUUUUUCGGAUUUUUGGGCAUAUUUUCCAGUUCUUUUACCUUGCUAUUUCUUUUCUAAGUCAACGUUCUUAAUGCUCAUACCUAAUCAGCAGCAUGGAGGAAGUGGAACUGUAGAUAUAAUUACAUUUCUAUCUUUUCAUUCCCGUGUCUCGAUUUUUCUGCUCCUUCUUCUCUAAACCCUAACUGCGUCGAUCGAAGCUCCUCCCAUCCGUUCAUCCCUCCCCAGCCUGUCUCUCGAUCCCGUCGCUCUCCCUGCUUCCACAGGUCAGUAGUUUCUCUUUUCUCUCCCUCACUGACCACGGAUUCGAUUUUUCGAGUUUCUUUGUUUGGUUCGCGCGCUGCGUGAGGUGCUGUUUUGAUAUUCUUUGUUUUUUUUGGGUGGUUUAGGCAUAUGCUUUGGCAUUUGUUGUUCUUGCAAUCCUUUUAUUCCGGGGGAAAAACGGAGUUUGGUGGAUCCGGAGCAAUCCGUGCUUCUUUGAUUUGUGGUGUGGUAUUGGUUGCAUUUGUUCCUCUAGGAGAAUAUUGAGUUGUUUCGGCAGUUUGUCGAGCGAGAAUGAGUACAGAAUUAAUGUGGAGGUGAUAAGGCUUUGCUUGACGGUUGAAACUGUAUUUGAUCAUAGGUGUAUGAUCGAUCAUUUGUGUGUGUGAAACUUUUCACUCAAUUUGAACUGGAUUCUUUAGAUGAUCAUAAUCUAAAUGCAUGAUUGUUCUUCUUUGAAGUUCAAUUUCACCAAUUUCCAUUUUCUUUGAAGUUCCACUGAUUUAUAAACUAGUUAUGAUCCAGAAUUCCUCAACCUGCUUCCUCGAGGAUUCCUGCAACCAAUCCAUUCAAUCAAACAUUGUGACUGUGAUGACUGAUUCAGCUAUGGAGGGAGAAGGAAUGGCUAGGGGAGCCCAUAUUCUAGUCAUCCCUUACCCAAUACAAGGCCACAUCAAUCCAAUGCUCCAAUUCUCCAAGCGCCUAGCCUCCAAAGGCCUCCAAGUCACACUAGUUACGACCAUCGCCAUUAGCAAAUCAAUGCAAAUCCUACCCAACAAGGUUAACAUUGAGCUAAUUUCGGAUGGCUAUGACAAAGGUGAGAAAGCAAGCCUCGAAUACCAUUUGGAAAGCUUUAAAACCGUAGUUUCGCAAUCCUUGGCUGAGCUCAUAAAGAAAAAAAACAUCUCCAAGAAACCAGCUAAGUUUCUUAUUUAUGAUUCCAUCAUGCCAUGGGCUCUAGACAUAGCUCAAGAGCUCGGGUUAGGGGGAGCACCAUUCUUCACCCACUCGAGCUCAGUUGCAGCCAUAUACUACCAUGCAAGUCACGGAACACUGAAGCUUCCUUUGGAAGGGCCUGUAAUAUCCAUACCUUCAAUGCUGAUGUUGGAGGUCACUGAUUUUCCAUCUUUUGUUUCGGAUGUGAGCUCGUACCCAACUCUGUUGAAACUUGCCCUGAACCGAUUCUCAAACUUUGAGAAAGCAAAGUGGCUUUUGUUCAACACUUUUGACCAGUUGGAAGACGAGGUAUUGAGCUGGAUGAGAAGCCAGUGGCCAGUGAAGGCAGUAGGGCCAAUCAUCCCAUCAAUGUACUUGGACAAGAGACUGGAGGAUGACAGAGACUACGGCCUCAGCCUCUUCAAGCCAAACCUGGAUGCCUGCCAGACUUGGCUGGACCAGAAGGAAGCAGCCUCUGUUGUUUAUGUUUCAUUUGGAAGCUUAGCUUCCCUGGGAGAGGAGCAGAUGGAGGAAAUAUCACAGGGCCUGAAGAGAUGCAACGCCCACUUCAUUUGGGUGGUGAGGGAAUCAGAACAGCAGAAGCUUCCCACCAACUUCAUUGAGGAAACUACAGAGAUGGGGUUGGUGGUGAUCUGGUGCAAUCAGCUUCAAGUACUUGCUCAUCAGGCGGUGGGGUGCUUCUUCACCCACUGCGGAUGGAACUCAACACUGGAAGCCCUCAGCCUAGGGGUGCCUAUGGUGGCAAUGCCGCAGUGGACAGAUCAGACAACGAAUUCUAAGUUCAUUGCUGAUGUGUGGAAAGUAGGGUUGCGGGUUAAGAAGGACGAGAGUGGGAUUGUUCGUAGGGAGGAAAUCGCGCUGUGCAUAAGGGAAAUAAUGGAAGGAGAGAGGGGAAAUGAGAUGAGGAAGACUGCUCUCAGGUGGAAAGAACUUGCCAAAGAGGCUGUGGAUGAAGGAGGGAGUUCUAAUAAGAACAUUGAGGAAUUUGUUGCAGAACUUGCAGAAGUUGAGGGAGAUGCAUCAUGAGAGACAAUCUCCCACCAAUGAUAAGAAUUUGCCUGUUGGAUUUCUGUAUUUUGUUUUAUCAUACAAUAAUUAACCCACAAACAUUUCAUGCAUCAAAAUCUCAUGACAAAACAAUAAAUUGCAACUAGAGCAGGCAUAAGUUUCCCA